UGAUUCUCCUUUGCCUGUUUCAUCGCGUGUCUGUUUUGUAAAGUUCCAUGAUCCUGACUCGGCAGUUGUGGCCCAGCAUCUGACAAACACUGUAUUCGUUGACAGAGCCUUGAUAGUCGUACCAUAUGCAGAAGGAGUUAUUCCUGAUGAGACUAAGGCUUUGUCUCUCUUGGCACCAGCUAAUGCAGUGGCAGGUCUGCUGCCCGGAGGUGGACUCCUGCCUACUCCCAACCCACUUUCUCAGAUUGGUGCUGUUCCUUUAGCUGCUUUAGGAGCUCCUGCUCUUGAUCCUGCCCUCGCUGCUCUUGGGCUUCCUGGAGCAAACUUAAACUCUCAGUCUCUUGCAGCGGAUCAACUGCUAAAACUUAUGAGCACAGUGGAUCCAAAGUUGAACCACGUAGCUGCAGGUCUUGUUUCACCAAGUCUGAAAUCAGAUACCUCCAGUAAAGAAAUAGAAGAAGCUAUGAAGAGAGUACGAGAAGCACAGUCCUUAAUUUCUGCUGCUAUCGAGCCAGACAAAAAAGAUGAAAAACGAAGGCAUUCAAGGUCGAGGUCGCGCUCCAGGAGGAGGAGGACACCUUCUUCAUCUAGGCACAGACGGUCAAGAAGCAGAUCAAGGAGAAGGUCCCACUCAAAAUCAAGAAGCAGGAGGCGAUCUAAAAGUCCAAGGCGAAGAAGAUCUCACUCCAGAGAGAGAAGCAGAAGGUCUAGGAGCACAUCCAAAACCAGGGAUAAAAAGAAGGAAGAGAAAGAAAAGAAACGUUCUAAAACUCCCCCCAAAAGCUACAGCACAACGAGGCGAUCGAGAAGCACAAGCAGGGAAAGACGACGUAGAAGAAGCAGGAGCGGAACACGGUCACCUAAAAAACCCAGGUCUCCUAAGAGGAAGAUGUCCCGGUCGCCGUCUCCACGGAGGCAUAAAAAGGAAAAGAAGAAGGAUAAAGACAAGGAGAGAGGUAGAGAUGAGCGGGAGCGGUCGACGAGCAAGAAAAAAAAAAGCAAAGACAAGGAAAAGGAUCGAGAACGGAAAUCGGAGAGCGAUAAGGAUGUGAAAGUCACAAGGGAUUACGACGAAGAGGAACAGGGAUACGACAGCGAGAAGGAGAAGAAGGAGGAAAAGAAAGCGGCCGAUUCUUCCUCCCCCAAGGUAAAGGAGGCGGCGGCCGAGAAGGGAAGCGGCGACCCGGCGCGGGAGUCCAAGGUGAAUGGGGAUGAUCAUCACGAAGAGGACAUGGAUAUGAGCGACUGA